CCGACCAUGCGGUUUUGUUAUUGUUUUGUGUUGUAUUUCGAUUAAUUUUCUCAAUACAUGCACUGAAUUAAGUGACACCACUUUUACAACAAAGAAUGGGUGCGAGGGGUAAAAAAUUCACACCUAAAGGAAAAACUAAUACAUCAAAUAUUGGAAAAUGGAAAAAAGGACAGAGUUCAAGCAGCAAUCCCGUUUCAAAAAAGUUUAGAGAAGCAGCUAAAAAUAGACUUUUUCAAAAGAACACAGGUCCAAGCAAUCUGACCGUUGCAGCACUUGCUAAACAUAAUGAAGGGGAAACAGAAAUCGAUGGAAUGUCAGUUGUAUCUACUGAAGAUGCCAAGAGUACAACAGCAAAAACAUUUAGUACAUGGGCAACAAAUUGGACUGAUUGCACCAAUGCCACGUUUAGUAGAGUACACCGAUAUUGGGCUUCGAAUUCAGCAAUGCAUAAAGAGAUUCUGGCUGUAUUAGCUGCUGUAACUGAAGUUAUAAAACAACAAGGUGGUAGUGAAACAGAAACAGAAUAUUUUGCUGCCUUGAUGACUGCAUUAGAAACGGCAGAUUCUAAAGACUCUCUAGCAGCUAUAUCUUAUUUAUUGAACCUUGCUAUAAAAAAAGUUCCAGCAGCUGUUUUAAAAAGUAGAUUUUCACAAGUAUCUAAACAAUUAUUAGACUAUUUAGCUAAAUACGCUGAUGGGACAUCUACAUCUCUGACUAAAUCUCUAUUACUUUGUUUAGCAGCUGUUCUAAGAGUUCAGGAUCAAGGAGUGUGGAACCAUACAUCAACACAUCAAAUAUAUAACAGUAUAUUAACAUUUAUUACACAUAAAAAACCAAGGAUACGGAAGACAGCCCAUCAGUGUAUACAGAUUAUUUUAAAAGGUAGUUUGUUUAUGACUAGUGAUGAUCCACCACCAGUUCACCCUGCUGCUAGUUUAACAGCUAAAUAUUGUAAUCAUGAAAUAGAACAGUGUGCAGGAUCAAGUGAAGCUAUUAAUACUCUAUAUACAUUGGGUUUAUUGAGAGAAGUUCUUGGUACCUUUUCUCAGAAUAGUUUAAAAUCUACAUGUGAAAACAUACUCAGAGUUAUGACUAUUAGUAAUCCGUUAGUGAAAGCCAGUGGUAUGCAAGCCUUACAUGGUAUGUUUUCUUCAAAACCAAAAGCUAGUAAUUUACCUGCAGAGUUAAAUGCACAGAUUAUAACAGCGCUGUAUGAUUAUCAGCCGUCAGAACAUGAUAGUCAACCAAUGAGAGCAUGGUUAGCUGUUAUGGAAAAAGCUCAUGUCAACCUAGCCAGAAUUGAUGAGAAGUUAGGUAUAAGUCAUUUACCAAAAUUAUUUUCAGUUGGUAUGACAUGUUUGUUAUCCAAUAAACCAGAAGUAGCUUCAUCAGCAUCCAAAACAUUAAUGACAUUAUUAUCUGAAUGUGUAGCACCAACAGUUGAUUAUCUUCAAGUUCUAGUCACAUCAGCUCCAACAGGCUCAAUGACUCCAAUACAUAAAAUAGUUAAAGCUUGUGAAAGUGGAUUAAGUUAUCAAUUUCAUUCAACAUGGAAACAAGUAUUCCAACUUCUAGCUUUAUUAUUUGAGGUGAUAGGUAAACAACUACCUGAACUUAUAGAAAAGAUGUUAGUCACAUUAGUUGAUUUAAGAGAAUCAUCCAAUUUUUCCUAUAAAGCUGAUGUAGAUCAUAUUAUUGGAUCUGCUGUAAAAAGUAUGGGACCGAGAUUAGUGUUGAAAAAUAUACCAUUAAAUAUCACAGGAGAGGAUGAUGAUACUAAUUUUCCUAGAAGUUGGUUACUACCAAUUUUAAGUCACAAUAUACAGCAUACAGAGCUAGCUUUCUUCUCAUCAUAUUUCCUGCCAUUAUCAGCUAAAUUCAGACAGAUCUGUGUUGAUUUGCGUGCAGAAAAACGAUUUGCUUUAGCAACAGCUUAUGAAGCUUUACAGAAACAAAUCUGGGGAUUAUUACAAGGUUUCUGUACUCAUCCUUCAGAUCUAACUACAUCAUUUAAAUCAGUAGCCAAGAUCAUGGGAACAGCUAUCUCUGAAAGACAAGAUCUGAAAAUGGAAGUAAUGGCUGCUCUUAGAAAACUCAUCAAUCAAAAUCUUGAAAAUGAAGCCAAUAAAGCUGAAUUAGCACGAUUUGCUAAAAACUUUCUACCAAUAUUAUUUAAUUUAUUUACUACUGAUCCAAAGAAAGAGAAAGAAGGUUGUCGAUUGGCUGCGUUAACCACUAUUAAAGCGUAUCUUCAAAUUACAGAUCUACAGCUUGCUGAAUCAUUUUUUGAUACAUGUGUUGCUAAGAUUAAUGAUGCUGACAUUACCCCUGCUAGAAGAAUAGCGUUGACUGAUUUGACUGGAGCAAUAUUACCUCAUAUUAAAGAAGACAGGUUACAAAUUAUAUUUGACAUAGCUAAACCAAACUUAAAGUCAACAGAUAACGCAUUACAGAAGAAAUCCUACAGAAUCCUAGAAGAGAUAUGUUCUAUGAAAUCAGAAGCUAGUAAAACAUUUGUACAAGAUAAUUUACCUAAAAUACAGAAAAUGUUGAUAGGAGCUUUAUCUAAAUCUAGUUCUUCUUCUAAAACACCCAGAUUAAGAUGUUUGAUUCAUAUAUUUCAAAAUCUAGAAAAAAAACAGAUGCACUUUGUUAUGACAGUUUUACCAGAGGCUAUAUUAUGUACUAAAGAAGUAGGUGGUAGAGCUAGAUCAGCAGCCUAUAGUUUAUUAAUUACUAUAGGUGAUGCCAUGAUUAGAUGGAGGAAAGAUAAAUCAGAAGAAGAUGUGAUAUAUGAAUAUAUAAAGUUAAUAUUAGCUGGUUUAGCUGGUGGACAGGAUAUGGUCAGUAGUUCAUUGUUUGCUUUAACUAGAGUAUUCUAUCAAUAUAAAGAUAAGAUACCAUCAGAGUGUUUAGAUGCUCUAGUAGAUAAUGUAUGUUUAUUAUUACAAUCUAAGUCAAGAGAAAUAGUACAAUCAGCACUAGGUUUUAUUAAAGUUAUGUUAUCAGCUUAUAAAGAUACAACAUUAGCUGGUCAACUUAAAACACUGGUAGCUGGUCUUGUUUCCAUGAAAGAUGACUGUAAACAUCAUUUCCAUCUGAAAAAUAAACAAAUUUAUACAAAACUUAUCAAAAGAUUUGGAUAUGAGAUUAUUCAUAAACUAACACCAGAAAAUGUACAUAAAGUACUGGUCAAUAUCCGUAAAAGAUUAGAAAGAGAGAAGAGAAAUCAGUUAGCUAAUGAAAACGGUGACUCAGAUGCUGAAGAUGAUGACGAUGAUGAUGACAUGCCUACAAAAUCAAAACCCGAAACAAUUGAUGAAUUAUUGAGAGAUACAGAUUCUGAGUUAGAUGAUGAACCUGAGGAUAGAAAGAAGAAAGAAGUUUCUAAAAGAAAGAAAGGAAAGAAAGCAUUUAUUCAGGAGGAAGGAACAGAAAUUGUGGAUUUCCUGGAUCCCUCUGCUAAUAAAAAGAUUUUUUCAUCUAAACCCAAUAAACAACAAGAUAAUGGUAGUAGUAAGAGAAGAGAAGAAUUAUUUAAACGUGGUGGUGAUGGACGUUUAGUUAUAACAACAGAACAAGAUGAUACAGGAGAAAAAAUUGAGUCGGACAUGGAAGAUGAUUUAGAAGAUAUUAUGGCAUCUAUGGAUGGAAAACGAAAGAAAAUUAGAAAGCGUGUGUUUGAUGAACUGGAUUCUGAUGAUGAUGAUGGAUCUAUUGUAAAUAAAAAAUAUAAAGCUGGUGGUAAAGGUAUCCAUAGACAAUUAGAUAAAACUAAACAACACAAAGAUACAAAUCAAUAUGGAGCUGAAUAUAAAUCUAAGAAAGCUGGCGGUGAUGUAAAGAAAAAGGGUAAACCAGAUCCCUACGCUUACGUUCCAUUCGACUUUAAACGUCUAAAUAAAAGAAAACAAGCUAAAUUAAAGGGUCAGUUUAAAGGAUUUGUUAAAGGUGCAAAGAAAGGAGCGUUAAAGGGCAGUAAGAAAAGAAGACAGUAAUUGUUUGUUGAAGUCAUUGUAUAUUAAUGUAAAACAACAUAUUUAAAUGUCAAUUUGUCUUCACAAUUGAGGUUAAACUUCCAUUUGUUAAUGGACGGUGUUUUCCUUAUAAUAAAAAUAAUAGGGGUUAUUGUAAGUAGUUGUCAGUAAAGGGAGGUAACUCGUACCUGGACACCCGAAGGCCAUAUUAUCUCCCCUUAGACCACAUACCUUGUGGCCUGGUUGGAGAGUAACAGGAAAUAUUUUCUGCCACAACAAUGUAACUACAUUACCUGAAUAUAUUGAUCAAUCUGUCCAUUCAUUAUUUCUUUCAGAUGCAUUAGGACUAGAUUUUUGUGAGAAUGUUAGAUAAAUUUGAUGUAAAAAUUGGUUUUGAACGGUUGUUUCAUAUACAAAUAAGAUUUGUUAAUUUUUCCUUUCAUUAUUCUUUGGGAUUUUUAAAUUUGUAUUUCUACAUACCAUAAGAAUCAUAAAUUGAUUAAUUGUAUAGGUAUUUAGUGAUAUCAACUAAAAUAUCUCCUUGAACAUAUCAAGGAAACAUUGCUUCAACUAACUGUCUCAUAAGAUUGUUUAGAUAGUAGGAAAUAUAUUCUAAUGGCCUUAAAAAACAAUAUUAUCUACUAUAAAUGGAUAUCACUAAUGGCUGAACUGUUCUAAUUUGAAACUCCAACCACAUUUCACCAUAUGAAUAUAAUGUACACCCAAAGGAUGAUAAACACUCUGUGGAAUCAAUUUGAAUGUAAAUAAAUCAGGACACAGAAUGUGUAUAUUAUUCUGUACAUGUAUUUACAAAUAACCAAGAAGGAAGAAAAGUGAAUAUUCCAGCAAACCCCUUAUCAGAAAUUGGUUGUUUUUCUUGCUUGGUGAUGUUUAGAUACUAUAAUAUAACUAAAGCACAAGUUUAUACUUUCUCCACAUUAAGCAUGUUAAUAUAUUUGGAAUCAGGAAAGUACCAUAUUAAAUACACUAUAAUGUCUUGUGAUUUUUUUCUUUUGAGAUCAGAUUAUGGUGAAGUUAAACAUAAAUUAAAGAAGAAUAUUUGUUUUUGUACAGUGUAAAGUUGACUAUGGUUAAAUAUAUAUUAAAUCACCUUGAAUUAUUCA